AUGAUUGUUCGGCGAUGUUUGGUGACCCCUCGGCAGAUACCCUACUCUUGUCUCUAUAACUCCAACACAUCCAAACCUAAACUUUACACCAAUCACCAUGAUAUAACGUAUCAAGAAGGUGCUACAAGCGCUAAAGAAGGUGCUACAAGUGCUAAAGAUGGUGCUAAAGGAGCUGAAGAAGCGAUAAAUCUCAGUCAAAUCUUAAGAAAAAUUCAGAGAGACGUGAAGGUGAACCCAGAGGACACCAAGAAAAAUGCGCUCACCUCAAGUUACUGGUUCGAAAGGAAUGUCAAAGCAUCAGAGCUACACACCAUAUAUUUACAGUUAUCUAAAUCAAGACUGACAUCAUUGGUAGUGAUGACCGCUAUGGCUGGGUUCGCGUUCAACCCAGUUUCUGGAACUUUAGCCUCAUUCGCUGCACUCUCUGCGGGAACAUUCCUGUGUUCUGCGGCUGCUAAUGCGUGUAAUCAGGUGAUGGAAGCGCCGUUUGAUGCGCAGAUGGACCGGUGUAAGCAGAGGGUGAUGGUGCGGCACUUGGUGUCCCCGCUGCACUGUCUAACAUUUAGCGCUACCAGCGCUGUGUUGGGUACCAGUAUGUUGUAUUACUGUGUCAACCCACUGACUGCAGCACUUGGUUUAGCUAACAUUGUUCUGUAUGCUGGUGUGUACACCACUAUGAAGAGAUACACUAUAGCUAAUACCUGGGUGGGCUCUAUUGUCGGUGCUAUACCCCCUGCAAUGGGAUGGGCAGCUGCAAGUGGGACGCUAGACUCCGGCGCGUUGGCCCUCUGCGCACUAAUAUACUUCUGGCAGUUUCCUCAUUUCAACAGUUUGAGUUUCAACGUCCGUCAAGACUACUGUCGUGCGGGAUACAACAUGAUGAGCGUUACAGACGUAGCGCUGAACGCACGUGUCUCACUGCGCAACACCGCCGCGCUCAUCCCUCUCUGUAUGGCUAUCCCCUUCACCGGCAUCUCACACUGCUCCUUCUCAUUCUACAGUGUGGUUGUGAACACGUACUUUACGUAUCUAGCCUGGAACUUCUACAAGUCUCCCAACAAACAAACUGCAAGGGAACUGUUCAGAUUCAGUUUGGUGUAUUUACCCAUUUUGUUUGGUUUCCUGGCGAUUGGGUAUGCGUUUAAGGAGAGGACAGCAACAUCGGAGGAGAAACAUCAUAGUGAUAAGCAUUAUAUGAAGGAUCUGUGCCCCAGUAGUGUUUUACCAGCUUCUGCAGAUCAGUUGUGCCCUGUUUCUCAUAAAGCUAGCUCUGGUAAUGUUAGCAGUGCACCUUCUUGAUGGAGUAGAAUAGUAGGGCAAUUUGGGGAUCACGUGACCUACCUAUUUCUCCCGUGUCACCUAA